CUACCUGCACCUGUGGGCCGGGCCCGCCUCCUGGGUCACCUCACACCCCCACGCACCCUUGUGCCGCUAGCUUCGGGUUUCUCCAAUCACUUGGCGCGGGACCAGCAGGUGGGCAGAUGUCUCUGCUCGCUGCUGCGGACGCGUAGGAAGGUUCAGUGCGCCCGAGCGAGCAGCCAUGGUCCCACCUCUCGGCAGCUCCCGAGAGGCAGAGGCGCUGGCGGAGGAGAGGGACGCUCCGGAGACUGUAAGGCUGCUCACUGGGAAAGGCCGCCUGGGCUUUCUCCGGGGACGGAGAGUCUGACAGUGCCUCGGACGAGCCCACCUCGCGGAGAGGCCCGGGCUGUCUCCGUAGGGCGCAGAAAUUGGAGGUGCCAAGGGUGAGCAACACUCGGCUGAGGUGCGCUGCGCUGCGGACAUUCGGACUGGUACACUUUCCAGCAGCCUGGCCUCUCCGAGCCCGCGCCGAGGGACAGCGCCCCGGCUUCGGGGUGCCCGGAGCGAGGGUCCGGUGCUGCUCGCGGCCGCUAGUGCAGUGCGGGGCCUCGGCGUCUGGGAAGCCCAAGCAGUACGAGGAGCUGCCUCGGCUCGCACCCUGUAGCCCGCGUGGGAGAAGCCCGGAAAGGAGUGCAGUGAGCUGCCGGAGACUACGGGAAGAAGGGGUCGCCGAAGCCUAUACCCACGCGGGGCGCCCAGGCCCCCGGCCUGGCCAUGGCCGACAGCAGUGGCACUGGCAACUCGGGCCCCUGGUGGAAAUCGCUCACCAACAGCAAAAAGAAAAGCAAGGACACCCAGGUAGGAGCGCAGCCUUUGGCCCAGCCUGUCCCUGUGGAGCCUGCGCCUCCCAGCUCAGACUGGACCAGCAGCUCCCGAGAGAACCAGCAUCCCGGUGUCCUUGGGGGAGCCGGCGAGUCUCCCAAGUCAGACAGGUCCUGCGGAGAGAAAUCUGGCAACAGCCGCCGCAAUCUGAAGAUCUCACGUUCUGGCCGCUUUAAGGAGAAGAGGAAAGUGCGCGCCACGCUGCUCCCGGAGGGAGACAGGUCCCCGGAGGAGGCAGAUUUCCCUAGUGACUCCUACGAAGACAAGCAGUAACCUUCAGGACACGUCUUCCACCACUUACCCUCACCACCCCCCGUGCUACUGCACGGAGAAUUCUAACCCGCGCCAGUAGUUGGUGUCUCAUUCCCAACAAACUGAGAGCACUCACAUAUGGCCAAGAUUUUAUUUUCUCUUGAUGUAUCAAUUGAGUGCUCAAUAUUUCACGUCUCAAAGAUGCAUUAAAUAUUUGUGAUAAGGGACAACACCUACAGCUGAGGCACUUGGCUAGAUUUUUUUUUUUUUCAGAACACUAUGCUGGGGCCUCCGGCUUGUUCAUGUCCCUUAUGGGAGGGACACCAGUGGGCAGGUCUUUCUCACAGAGACAGUAGCUGAACUUGAAUUCUGCAGCCCCUCAAAGGAGGAAGGUGUGCUCUGGAGGACUUAGACUGGCAAAUCAAGUACUGUUUUUAAUGUCUCAGAGAUGCACUUUAGGGAUACUUCCCUAGACUUAAAAGGAGUGGAGAGAGAAACAUUCCUGAAGAGAAGCAUUUGAAGUGGGGCAGGAUUGCUUCCAAUUUGGAAUACAAACCUGUACCAUCCACUUUAAUGCGGACUAUUAAAAUUGUUGCACUAUAAGACUUAA